AGUAAAGCUCGGCUGUGUGUAGCCGGCUAUUUUUAGACUCACGACCACAAGAUAAACCUUCGGCCUGGUUUUAAGCGUGAUGUCGGGAAUUAAUAUGACUAGCGGUUUCAUACUACUCACACCAGGACAUACGCUUCAGCUAGAACAGAUGACAAAGGAACAGUCCUCGGUACGCGAAUGUCUGUGUCAGACAUCAGGGUUUAGUCUCUAAGCCGGGUAAAGUAUAUUAACACAUUGUGGAAUCUUCUAAACCAUUACUUUGUAUUACCACUGACUGGAUGUUCGAGUUUUACAAAACAUCAGUCCAAACCAAUGCAGGCGUGUGUAUGUGCACAGUGAUACGUCACCAAUGUACGGGGGCCUGUUAGUGAACAUCGAUACGUCACCAAUGUACGGAGGCCUAUUAGUGAACACCGAUACGUCACCAAUGUACGGAUGCCUGUUAGUGAACAUUGAUACGUCACGAAUGUACGCAGACCUGUAAGUGAAAAGUGAUACGUCACCAAUGUACGGAGGCCUGUUAGUGAACACCGAUACGUCACCAAUGUACGGAGGCCUGUUAGUGCAGUGAUACGUCAUCAAUGUACGGAGGUCUGUUAGUGAACACUGAUACGUCACGAAUGUACGCAGACCUGUAAGUGAAAAGUGAUACGUCACCAAUAUACGGGGGCCUGUUAGUGAACACCGAUACGUCACCAAUGUACGCAGACAUAUAAGUGAACAGCGAUACGUCACCAAUGUACGGAUGCCUGUUAGUGAACAUUGAUACGUCACGAAUGUACGCAGACCUGUAAGUGAAAAGUGAUACGUCACCAAUGUACGGAGGCCUGUUAGUGAACACCGAUACGUCACCAAUGUACGGAGGCCUGUUAGUGCAGAGUGAUACGUCAUCAAUGUACGGAGGCCUGUUAGUGAACACUGAUACGUCACGAAUGUACGCAGACCUGUAAGUGAAAAGUGAUACGUCACCAAUAUACGGGGGCCUGUUAGUGAACACCGAUACGUCACCAAUGUACGCAGACAUAUAAGUGAACAGUGAUACGUCACCAAUGUACGGAGGCCUGUUAGUGAACACUGAUACGUCACGAAUGUACGCAGACAUAUAAGUGAACAGUGAUACGUCACCAAUGUACGGAGGCCUGUAAGUUAACAGUGAUACGUCACCAAUGUACGGAGGCCUGUAAGUGAACAGUGAUACGUCACCAAUGUACGGAGGCCUGUAAGUGAACAGUGAUACGUCCCCAAUGUACGGAGGCCUGUUAGUGAACACCGAUACGCCACCAAUGUACGGAGGACUGUAAGCGAACAAUGAUUACGUCACCAAUGUACGGAUGCCUGCUAGUGAACACUGAUACGUCACGAAUGUAUGGAGGUCUGUAAGUACGCAGUGAUACGUCACCAAUGUACGGAGGCCUGCUAGUGAACAAUAAUUAAGUCACCAUGUACGGAGGCCUGUAAUUGGACAAUGAUACGUCAUCCCAAUACGGAAGCCUGUAAGCGAACAGUUAGGUGAAACCCGAUUACAUAUAGGGUUAAACAUUUAUGUGACACACUGGCGACGUAUUUUACGUAAUAAAGUUAAUUAACGACUAACAUUGACAAUGUAUACCGGCACAGGGGAGGUAAGAAAUUAUGGACAAGUUUCAAACGCAAGAGUGCACCCGACGAAUAUGCAACACGGACUGGUGUACCAGAUGCGAAAGUCAAGAGGAAUCAACUGGACACACGACGAAAAGGUAUUCCUCGUGAACCUUUGUGCGGCUAGAGCUCGAAUAAUCGAGGAGAAAAGGUCCGACAGUAAUACUUUGAGGAUGAAGGCCGCAUGUUGGAAGGUCAUUUAUGACCAAUUUUCUACCAGGUUUGGGCGAAAACGGACACUGGUGCGGAUUAAAGAACAGUGGAAGCGAAUGAAACUCGCUACACGUGCUGAACAGCGAGACAGAGAUCAGGAGAUACUGGACUCAUCCACCGGAAACGGAAGUUCUAAUACACAGGAACCUGUACCCACAAAAUAUUACGGGGAGUCAGCCGAAAUAAUAGCCAAAGUGAAACAAAUAUUAAAUGAAGUUGCUAGUUCCACGUUUGAUAAUUGUAUUCCGGUUUCUCAAAACGACAUAUCUAUUGGGGAAACGAAUGCAAUCUUAGACGAUAUUUCACGAUUUUCGGACCACGUGACCGGAGAGAUGCAGUCAAAUGUCGAACUUCCUGUUUCGGAACCUGAGCCAAUGGUGAUUAAAAUUGAAAUUGACGACAACGAGGACGCCGAGAACUACCAUGACAGCGGAGAAAAUAAAAACAAAUCCAACACCUCACCAGAGCUACUGACAAGUGUAAUAGAUUUUAACAGUCUUGAAGAAAUUGGCCAUGGCCGACACGAUAAUAGUGAACCCACACUAGAACAUGGACACACGCCAGCUUCCAGUUAUAGUCAUCUUUCAACGGAUGACGUUACUCAGAUCAAGUUCUCUACCGAUAUUAUUUCAAAUACCGGCACUUCAACACCGGAAGUGAAUAAGUCGUUAUAUGAUCCAGAACAAUCAUUCGAACAGUGGGGAAAUUUCCGGAAAAUGAAAACAACCAACUCACAAAAGAGUGACCAAGAUAUCACGAAUGUUUCAAGUUCAAUUGUGGACAACAUGAGGUUGGAGUAUGCUAGGAUCGAACACGAGAAGAAAAUGGAAUACUUAAGAAAGGAACAUGAAAUUAAAAUGGAAAUUUUGAAUACAAAAAGAGAGACAGCGAGGGCAAAGCUGAGAAAGGCAAACUUCAAACUUUCUUUAACGGGUUCAAAUGUACCAAUGUAACAUGUACCGAAGUUUCUCUGUAACACUGACUGAUCUUAUGUCGGUUAAAUUAAUUUCAAUUUUUGGGUGAUCAUAUAAGUUGUAAUAACUUGUACCCAAUCCGUUUGUAAACUUUUUACAAUAAAAUAUGUUUAAACUAAA